ACUUUUCCUGAUAGCAUCGUAGUCAACGUUUAUAAAUAAAUUUGUUUAUUAAACUAUGAGUCGUUCAUUUUUAAUAUUCUUUUUAAUAAUCAUAACUUAUAUUUCGUCGGUAAACAUGUUGAUUGCAAGAAAUUGGGGUAGUUGGGGUUCAUGCUCAGCUACUUGUGGAAGUUCUACUAGAUAUAGAUCUUGUCAGACAGGGCUUGGCUUUGGUUCAAAGUGCUCGUCCGGAAGUACUGAUAGUUCUAGCUGUUCCGUUCCAUCUUGUCCAGUUAAUGGAGCCUGGUCCUCUUGGGGAAGUUGGGGUGUUUGUAGUAAAACAUGCGGAUCUGGAAUCAAAACUGCUGCUAGAUCAUGUAAUAAUCCAAGUCCAGCUCAUGGUGGUUCAACUUGUAGUGGAUCUUCUUCAAAGGAUGCAGGCUGUACAAUAACUCAAUGCCCAGUGAAUGGAGGCUGGUCUGCCUGGGGAAGUUGGGGUGGUUGUAGUAAAACAUGCGGACUAGGAAGCAAAAGUGCUACUAGAUCCUGUAAUAAUCCAAGUCCAGCUCAUGGUGGUUCAAGUUGUAGUGGAUCUGCUUCAAAAAAUACAGACUGUACAGUAGUCUCGUGCCCAGUGAACGGUGGUUGGUCAGUAUGGGGAAGCUGGGGUGCCUGUUCAAAAAGCUGUAAGGGUGGAAUUCAAAAUCGGACAAGAACAUGUAAUAAUCCUACACCAGCUCAUGGAGGUGCAGAGUGCACUGGUGAUAUUCAGUCACAACAAGAAUGUAACACUCAAAAAUGUCCAGCUAUAUGA